CUGCAUUAAAAAGGCCGCAUGCAACAUCUGUUUAUGUAUUCAAACUACUUCAAUUGAACAGAUUCUGAUUACAUUUAGACUUCUGUACCGAUAUUACUUAGUGAUAUUUUAUUAUUAAUUAAACUCCCUUUAUAAUGUUGCGAUUACUUAGACAGAGAGCUAGUGAUUUAAAGCUUUUAGCUCCUCGCCGGCUACAACAAACUAUUGCGCAAGCAAAACCAAAGGAAAUACCUUUGGUUAAAAACGUCAGCACACCGAAGAGUGAUAAAUCUGUUGGCAGGUGGUUUCUAGGAUGUGGUGGCAUGGUCUUUGUUGCAGUUGGUCUUGGUGGAGUUACGAGAUUAACUGAGUCAGGACUAUCGAUGGUUAGUUGGAAAUUAACUGGAGAACGACUACCAAGAAGUCAACAGGAAUGGGCCGAUGAGUUCAGUAAAUACCAACAGUAUCCCGAAUUUAAAUUGAAAAAUUCAAAAAUGACCCUGGAAGAGUUUAAAUUUAUAUUCAUGAUGGAAUAUAUACACAGAAUGUGGGGACGUGCCAUUGGUGCAUUCUUUCUCAUUCCGGCAGCUUACUUUUGGAAUAAGGGCUAUUUCUGUUCGAAAACCAAGAAAACUGUUCUCUUGAUGGGAACAUUAAUUGGUCUACAGGGCCUCAUGGGCUGGUAUAUGGUAAAAUCGGGCUUAGAAAACAGAUUCGAUGACCCAAAUGAUGUGCCACGCGUAUCGCAAUAUAGAUUGGCGUCUCAUCUGGCUGCUGCCUUCGUUUUAUAUGCAUUUUUCCUAUCCAACGGUCUGUCAAAACUUUAUCCCUCUGAACAAUUCUUGGCCACUGCAAAGAAAGCUUUAACUGCAAAGCGACUUGCACAUCUCACGAAAGGAAUGGUGUUCCUAACUGCUAUAUCUGGUGCCUUUGUUGCUGGAUUAGAUGCUGGCUUAGUGUACAAUUCAUUUCCCAAAAUGGGAGAUAAUUGGAUACCCGAUGACAUAUUGCAAUUUCAACCGAUACAAAGAAAUAUCACAGAGAAUCCGUCGACAGUUCAGUUUAAUCAUCGUAUUUUAGGAAUAUCUACCGUAACAUUGACUUCAAUUUUAUGGCUAUCCACUCGGCGAAUUCAGUUGCCCAAACGUGCAAAUUUGGCCAUUCACGCUGUUGCUGCCAUGGCCUGGACUCAGGCUACCUUGGGUGUUACCACAUUGUUAAAUUAUGUCCCCGUUCCUCUUGCGACGGCUCACCAAUCUGGAUCACUAAUUCUUCUCAGUCUAGCCGUGUGGCUAUCACAUGAACUGAGAUUCCUCAAGUAUAUUCCCAAGUAGUUAUAUGAGUAAUUCUAAAAAGUUGUAAAUGUUUUUUUUUUAAAUAAAUGUUUAACUUAUAUUUAAACAA